ACUUACUCACUGUGAAAAUAUGUAUGUUAUUUGCUCAGAGAGAUUAAGGACUAACCGCUUUGGUCAUGGCUGGAGCUGGACAUGGCACUCGGUCACAGCUGUGAGAUAAACACAGGAAAUGCUAUGAAUACAAGACCAAUCCAGAUGUGUUAACAGUAGAUAAAAGAAUGAGCUUCCGUGGUUGUUUCUUUCAUACUGUGAGGUUUCCAAAGGCAGUGCGCGACCGGAGAGUCGGGGGGUUGGUCAGUGGAAAAAAUGUCUGUUUUUAGACCUCAUGUGACCCAAAAGCAACAAAACACACAUAGCGGCCGUGGUAAAUAUCCUCCCUGUUAUACAAAUAGCAUUACCGCUAUCCAGGGAGACAUUACAGUUACAUAAGAACGAUUUUACCCAAAACGCUGAGUUGUUUUGCUGUAAGAUAAUUACAGGAUUAGCAACCUUAAUCUUUGUUUAUAUCAUGCAAACUCUUCUUCAAUCUUCCUCAGAGAGGAGGACUGCUGUACGUAGUUAAAGUCCCCUCUGGCCUAUUUAUAGCGCUGGGCCUUGCAACAAUGUCACCUGUAACUGGACUCCAUCUGUUAAGUCAGUUGAAUGUCAGUUGCCAGAAGCAGACGCACUGCGGUUCACUUCCCGCUGCUCUCCCAACAGAGCGUCCCAUGGAGUUUGUGGGACAGCCGAGACCUUCCGGGGCCUGCAACCUCUUAGCGGUGCCAGGCCUCGGCCCCCUGGAAGCGGACGACGACGAGUGUGAGGAGGUGGUGGUCGGCAUCAGGCCCAAAUCCUCUCCCCUUCCCCGGAGACGGAGCUGCGACAGCGACAGCGAGGACUCGGAGCCCGGGCCGCCCCCGUCCGGCUCCAGGAGGGUGUCCUUUGCGGACGCCAGGGGCCUCAGUUUGGUGCACGUGAAGGAGUUUGACACUUGGAAUGUGACCAAGGUGCCAGAAUACGACUCUUCUGGGGGCAGAGGCAGCGAGGCAGAGGCAUACUUCCUGUCUCCCCUCACUUUCUCCCUUCCGUUGUCUGCCGAGGAGCUGUUGGCACGAGUCCGGGAGCAGAAGAUCGAACUGGAGACCAUCGAGUUACUCCCGGGGACCACGGUGCUGAAGGGGGCGAUCCGCGUCCUCAACGUCUCCUUCGACAAAGCCGUGUACGUCCGAACCACUUUGGACGGCUGGUCGAGCCACUUCGACCUCCUGGCAGAGUACGUGCCGGGCUCCGGUGACGGCGCCACGGACCGCUUCUCGUUCCGGCUCGCCCUCGCGCCCCCGUUCGGGGAGCAGGGAGCCAGGGUUGACUUUUGCCUGAGGUACGAAACCCCGGCGGGGACGUUCUGGGCGAACAAUGAUGACCGGAACUACGCGCUGUUCUGUCUCCGGAGAGAAGAGAGGAAAGAGACGCCACAGAACGAAAGGGUGAACAACAAAAGUUGUCUUAAGACUGUCUGUCGCAGCUUUUCCACGGGAGGAAAUAUUGGUGAAAUGGAAGCGUCGUCAACGGAUGCGGCAGAUGACGGAGCGAAAGUUGACUCUCUGAAGGCCGAGAAAACCGCUGAUGGCCAGUCGGCAACUUCAGAGGAGGAUCGACAGAAAUUACGGGCCGAGAACAGACAGCUCUGCAGCCAAAGGAGCGGCAGAAAGGCCGCGCGGAUGGCUCGGGUGAAAGACUGCUUCUCUCUGAGAAACGCGGCGGUGGAUGACACCGAAAGAGACGAGAACCGAAAGGCCGUUCGAGAGGAAACCCCGGAGCCGAAGCGCUCUGAGGGGGGCGGCGAAUCAGAAGGUUCUCGUUUUGUUUCGGAAUCCCCGGAAACAUGCGACAAAACGUCCGUCCCGGAAGCUGAGCAGGACGGCCGCAAGCGAAGCCGCAGCGCUGCGGCUCGCCCGGCGGCUCGCCCGGCGGGCUGGAUCGGAAGCCCGGACGGCCUGACCGGCGGCUUCUCGUUUGGGACCGUGGUGGCUCCGUUGUAUCCCCAGGUGUUCGGCCGAGUGGGUGAUCAGAGCGCACGGGGGAGCCCGGUGCGGCCCGCGCGGCACGCCGGGGGCUCGGGUCACCCUCGCCCUGAGAGAGGACAGGCCGGCUGCACCGUCGGUACAGAGGCGAAAGGUCACGAGGGCAAGAUUCCGGGGCAGGUGACUCAGAGUCCGUGUUCAGACCCGGGAUGUUUAGUUCCAAAUUGCCCCCCGCUGGGAAAAGAAGAAAUGAGUCCGAGCGCGACGGCAAACGGCAUCACGGACCUCAAAGACACCCCGCGGGAGGCGCAGCGGCAGGCCGGCGGAGGCGGCGAGCUCCUGCACCAAUCCGACGACGAGGAUGACGCCUGCCAAACGGAGGCCUGCUCUGAGGGGGGUGAAGCAUCUGAAGCUCCACGGGGUUUCAACCCCAACCACGUGCGGGGUUCGGAUACGGAGGAGACGGAGAUCCGCCGCGUUUCUUGUUCGGAGAAGGUGGAGGAGGUGGAGGAGGAGGAGGAGGAGGAGGAGGACGUCACAAAAGCCGAGAUGUCUCUUGGAACUAACUGGGCUGAGAGGGAGAUGAUUGGUGGGACUGAGGCGACGGUAAACAAUCACACGAUUGUUUGUGAGGACGCACAAAACAUAGGGCAUCAUGAAAUGGACUCGAAACGGGAGGAACUCCUGGCUGCGGUGAACUGGGAGACAAUGGUUGAAGAAGAGGAGAAAAACCUAUUGACAGAUGAAGAGGAAAGUUUGAAAGCAGCGGGGAACGACCGAGGACAGCCAGAGGAUGGAGGGAGAGAAAAAGCAUUCGAAAAAAAAGACACCACAGAGACGGUAGAAGAAGACGUCAGCAUUUUUUGGGAGAUUAAAGCUGCAAGACAGAAGAAGAACGAGGCUGAGGAUGCAGAUGUUUCAGAGGGCGAGCAAACCAACGGGGAGGAAAGUGGGGAAAUUAUGGCAGAAAAAGGUAGGGAAUUAGAAUAUACCGAAGCCCCAAAUGAAGCUGGAGAAGAAGAUCUGACUGAGGAGAAAAGAGAGAAACAAGAGAUUGUCAUCGAAAGGAAAAAUGUCCAAAACAAGGAGGACGUAGAGGAGCGGGAAGUGAUGGAAACGCAUCAGAGCGACGAUGACCAGGCCGGCGUGUGGUGGGAGGAUCGGGUGGAACCAGCGGAGGUUCACCUGGAAGAAGAGAAUCCACAUCACCAGGGGGAGAAUUCUGUCGUUGAAACGGAGGAGUCAGAGAUCACAGAUGCAGGGUCACGGGGGGGCAUGACGAUCGAGGGCGGCUCUGAAUGCGGGUCCGACGUCACGCGAGACAAGGCCGCAGACAUCACGCGAGACAAGGCCCCAGACAUCACGCGAGACAAGGCCGCAGACAUCACGCAAGACAAGGCCCCAGACAUCACGCGAGACAAGGCCCCAGACAUCACGCGAGACAAGGCCGCAGACAUCACGCGAGACAAGGCCGCAGACAUCACGCGAGACAAGGCCGCAGACAUCACGCGAGACAAGGCCGCAGACAUCACGCGAGACAAGGCCGCAGACAUCACGCGAGACAAGGCCCCAGACAUCACGCGAGACAAGGCCGCAGACAUCACGCGAGACAAGGCCGCAGACAUCACGCGAGACAAGGCCGCAGACAUCACGCGAGACAAGGCCGCAGACAUCGCGCGAGACAAGGCCGCAGACAUCGCGCGAGACAAGGCCGCAGACAUCACGCGAGACAAGGCCGCAGACAUCACGCGAGACAAGGCCGCAGACGCUGCGCCCGCUGUGGCGAGCAACGUGCAGGACGACGCCCAACGCACCUCAACGGACCUCUGCAAAGGGGACGAUUAUCGCUUCUGUGAAAAAAAGGCCUCGGCGUCGCUCCUCCUCCUCGCCGGUGAACCCGAAAGCGACCAAUCAGCGGAGUCCGACUCAGGCGACGAGGUGGAGCUGCACAUGCACUGCCUCAGGGCCAAAGCCGCCGCCGCCACGCGAGCCGGGGCCCCCCCGGCGGCCAGGGGCCUCGGGGAGGGCAGGUCGCGGCCCCCGGCGGGCCUCAGAGGCAAGCUUCCGCCUAUGCCGUCCAUCAGCGAGGGUCAGGACGACGAAGAGCAGCACCGCGUCCGUCCCGCGGCGUCGCCGGCGCCGAGGGGCGGGGGGCGGCGGCGGCGGCGCUGGGAGACUUUUUCCUGCAGCGAGGUCUCAAAAACGCUGUUGUCCGCCACCGCGUUGGUGGUGUUUCUGGCCGUGGCGUACCGCUAUGAUUUCCUCGCUUGUUUGGGGCUCUACUUGGGGUCCGUGGUUUGGCUCUACUGUCAAGAAGGGAGGCAACCAAAGCAACAAAAAAAACAACACAAUAGGUUGGAUUGAACUGUAAUACCAUCGUUUGAAACUGUCCUUCAAAAAAAAACGUAAUAGUUAUAAGAAGAAAAGUUCAAAAGUGAAUGACAAUUGGCAUUAGUUUAAGGUAAAUAUGACACAUAUCAAAAUAAAUGCUGUAUAUUCCCUGUG